UUGCGAGUUGUGUCACCUGCCCGGGAGUUGGAGCUGGAGGUCCACCUUAGGUUGGCGAGCAGCACGAGUAAGGCUCCACGUCUGAGUUGGACAGGGGAUCUUGACAGUUUAACAUUGAAUGCUGCCAGAUCUAUCUUUCCAGCUCACGCGUGUAGCCACCCACUUCAACAAAGUUGCUACGUAACCACCGUCCAACAUACAAACUGUUCCAGAUGUCGUCAAAAUGGUGCGACAGUGUUUCUCGGAGCGUUCCGAGUGAGAUUGAAGAGAGUGUUGCGUCGCUCGGUUGACGGCCCGGAGCCCGGCCGCGGCCAGGGCCUGGGCGCGCCAUGGACGCCGCCGCCGACCCGCUGCGAGCGGCCAGGCCGUGAGUAUCUCAUCCGCAGCCUCGUGCCGCUGUGGCGACUCCGCCCGCGUACUUAG